AUGAGUACUGUCAAAGAUCUUAUAAAUUCAUUAGGUCCAGAUGAAAAAUUUGUAUCUUUUGAAUUCUUCCCACCAAAAACAGACUCAGGUUUUAGAAAUUUAUUAGCAAGAUUAAAUCGUUUAUCAGCAUUUAAUCCAUUAUUUAUUACAGUUACAUGGGGAGCUGGUGGUUCAACUAGUGAAAAAUCCUUAGAUUUAGCAGCUACUUGUCAAAAGAAAAUUGGUCUUAACACAGUAUUACAUUUGACAUGUACAAACACCAACAAGGAAGUCAUUGAUGAAGCGUUAGCAAGAGCUAAAACAAAUGGUAUAAGAAACAUAUUAGCAUUAAGAGGAGAUCUAGCAAGAACAGAAGAAUAUUGGACACCAAAUUGUGAAUUCAAAAACGCAAUUGAUUUAGUUAAAUAUAUAAGAGAACAUUAUGGUGAUUAUUUUUGUAUUGGAGUAGCUGCUUAUCCGGAGGGACAUGUUGAUGGAUCUGAUAAUUCAAAUCAAAAUCCUAAAAAGGACAUACCUUAUUUAAUAGAAAAAGUGAAAGCUGGUGCUGAUUUCAUAAUAACUCAAUUAUUUUUUGAUGUUGAUAAAUUUAUAAGUUUUGAAAAAUUAAUUAAACAAGAACCAGAACUCAAAAAUAUACCAUUGAUACCUGGUCUAAUGCCUAUUACAACCCAUAAAGUAUUCACAAGAGCUACAAAAUUAUCACAUGCAACAAUACCGUCAACCAUAUAUAAUAAUUUUGAAGAUAUAAAAAAUGAUGAUGAUGCAGUAAAAUCUUUAGGAGUUGAAUUACUUUGUGAUAUAAUUGAUAAAAUUAAUAAAUCAACAAAUUUAAAAGGUUAUCAUUUUUAUACAUUAAACUUGGAAAAAGCAGUAGCAUCAAUAAUAAAUGAAUCAAAAGUAUUACAUCCAAUCUUGGAAGGUCCAUCAACAAGAUUUGAAAAUGAAGAUGCAUUAGCUUCAGAUUCCGAAGAUGAAGAAAUUCCAAAUGGUCAAAAACCACAACAACAAAGAAGAAAAUCAUCAAUAAAUGAAAACGUAGUAGGUAAAUCAAUGAAUACUAAAUUAUUAUACAGUAAUAAAAAGGCAUUAUUUGAAAUAAGUAGAGGUAAAGGAGCAUUAGGUAAAGAUGCAACAUGGGACGAUUUUCCCAAUGGUAGAUUUGGUGAUUCUAAUUCACCAGCUUAUGGAGAAAUUGAUGGGUAUGGACCAAAUUUAAAAAUUCAUAACCCCAAGGAAGCAAUAACAAAAUGGGGUUCACCAACAACUACAAAACAAUUAAGUUCAAUUUUUAUAGAUUAUCUUUCUGGUAAAAUUGAUGUUGUUCCAUGGGCUGAUAGUUCAUUAUCUCCAGAAACUGCUAUUAUACAAGAACAAUUAUUUGAAUUGAAUGAGAAAGGUUGGUUUUCAGUUGCUUCUCAACCUGCUGUAAAUGGAUGUAAAUCAACAGAUAAUAUUUUUGGUUGGGGACCUCCAAAUGGUAUAAUUUAUCAAAAAUCAUUUGUUGAGUUAUUUAUACCUAAAAAGGACUGGGAACAACUUAAACCCCAAUUAGAUGAAUCAACUACUUUUUAUGCAGGUAAUAAUAAGGGAGAAAUAGAAUCAAAUUUACCAAUAAAUCAAAGUCAUAAUUUUAAAUCUAAAAAUGCAGUAACUUGGGGAGUUUUUCCAUCAAAAGAAGUUAUACAACCUACAGUAAUAGAUUAUGAAUCUUUUAAAGCUUGGAAUGAAGAAGCAUUUUUAUUAUGGUUAGAAUGGUCAAGAUGUUAUAAGAAACAAUCUGAGAGUUUUAAAUUAUUAAAUUCAGUUUAUGAAAAUUAUGUAUUGGUUAGUUUAAUUCAUCAUGAGUUUCCUGAGGAAAACGCUUUGUGGGAUUUACUAUUAUAG